AUGCCGUCGAAACGCCUCCCACCCCGACAGCCACGAGUCCACGUCCUGGGCCUCGGCAGCAUCGGCACCUUCACAGCCCACGGGCUGAACGAGAUCCUCCCGACGCCACCAGCAGUGACCCUCCUCCUGCACCGCGAGACUUUAUACGACGAGUACCUACGCAACAGCAGCCGGACCACCCUGCACACCGUCACCAGCCAAACCACCCACCACCGCGGCUACGACCUCGAGAUCUACAACCAGACCACUCGCACCUGGCACGCGCCCCCUCUCUCGAACGCACCAGCAACCAACCCGAUCGACCACCUGAUUGUGACCGUGAAAGCCACACAGACCGUCGCCGCCCUCCGCCCGUUACAGCCGCGGCUGACCGCGUCCUCGACGAUCCUCUUCCUCCAGAACGGCUGCGGCACGAUCGACGAGGUGAACGAGCACCUGUUCCCAGAUCCCGCCACGCGACCAAACUACAUCGUAGGCGUGAUCUCCCACGGCGUUACACUGAAUGCUCCAUUCGAAGUCACGCACACCGGCGCCUCCGCCAUUUCACUGGGGAAAGUCCCUCGCCAACUCGCCCAGCUCCAAUCCCACACCCCCUCCGCAGAGCCAAGCCCAGACCCUCAGAAACAGGAAGAAUACCUCCUCCAGGCCCUCCCCACCUCCCCCCUCCUCACCGCAAAAACCUACACCACCUACGCCGAGAUCCUGCAACAUCAACUCGAGAAACUCGCCGUCAACGCCUUCUGCAACCCCGUCUGCGCGCUGCACAACGCCCCGAACAAAUUCCUCUUCACCCAGCCAGCCCUGCGCCGCGCCGUGCUGGCUGAGAUCUCCGCCAUUGUACCGAAACUCCCCGAGCUGACGGGCGUUGAGGGCGUGGCAGCGCGGUUCGCGCUCGACCGGCUGGAGGACACAGUUAAUACGGUGCUGGAGCGCACGCGGGAGACGACGUGCUCGAUGGUGGUGGACUUGCGGGGCGGGCGCGAGACAGAGUCUGUCAUUUUGGUCUCUUUCACUUUGCCUCCCAUCAGACCGCGACGACAAGGUACUGUACGAUAUUCUCACCAAGACAAAAGGAGCCUGAUACCUCGACCAUCCCUCGCGCGUAUCCGCCUUCCGGAACUUCUCAAUGCCCUCCGCGACCCCAUCCUCAUCCACCUCCCAAUCGCCCCCCGCCUCCACCCGCUCCGCCCUUUCCCCCGAAGCCCGAUCGAACUGCACGCCAUUUCUGUCCAACAGCCCCGUGAACACGUGCACAUCCCCAGCCCGAUACAGCUCCGUUGCGUGCGCCUCUCGCGGCAUCCGCAGGCCUGUGCUCCCGCGCGCAGAGCCAUGCACGCUCAGGUCAAACGGGAGAAGCCCCUUACACGCGUUCCCGAACGCGGUGGUGCUGUUCGUCUGGUAGACUGCAUCCAUGUACGGUCCCAGGGGGAAUCUCCUCCACCACGCCCGUCCGGAAACGACGAGCGGGACCAGGGCGAUGGCGUCACGCUGUUCGCUCGAAACAAGAGGAAGGACAUUUGCUGGGAAUGCGCGGAGAGGAACCGCGAGGACAGUCGGUGAAGGGUUGCACUUGGAGGGAGUUCGGAGGCGGACUGCAGCCGGAAUCCAGGGGCGAUAUGGCGGAAGCUGAUGCGGCGCCGGGGUAGGCCGGCCCGGAAGGACCAGAGGAAUGAGUGUUGCGGGGUGGCGGCUUCGUACAGUGUAUCGGCGCGAGUAGGGAAGCUGAACAGCCUCAGCGGAGGCGGGACGCAGGGCUAGGGAGUCGCCUCUAGAUCGCGUCCAGCAGGCGAGUAAACGCGGCUGUCACCCCCAAACAUGAAGGACGCGGAAUCGAGGCAGCCAAAAUGAUUCUAGGAGGCGGC